AGGGGCAGAGUUUGGGCCUUACGUGGGUGAGGUGUGAGCUGUGCAAUAGCAGACACCGGGCUGUUCUACGGGGAAUGCGGCUGGGUCCUGGUGGCUUCCAUCUUCAUCCCCAUGUGCUUGCAGGUGAGUGGGCUGCUGGGCUCCUCCCCAGGAGAUCCAGGUUCCCCCUGGGGUUCCCCCUGGAGCUCCAGGUCCCCCAGGAGGGCUGGGUGUGCAGGGCUCGUGCCACGUCCGCUGGGGACAGCAGUGGCGCCAGGGGUGCGGUUGUAUUUCGCACCAUCGUGCAAAAUACAGGCUCUGCCUGUCCUCAGCUCCCCGGGGAAGCAGCUCUACACUGGCCGCGUGUGAUUGAGGGUGGUGUCUGCCCACACACAAGCAAUGCAAGAGCAAGUCCUCAAAAAGCAGGUUAAAAUUUGUGAGUGCAAGAGGCAGCCUGAGGCAGCGGGCCAGGCAACCCGAAUUUUCCAUUAACUCGCAAAUAAGUGAGGUGAAAUUCCAAUGGGCUGCAGCGUUGCCCUCAAAUUUUAUUGCCUGCCUUGUUCGCUGUCUUCAGCGAUCUUAUCUGUAAUGGCCUUCAGUGCACACGUGACACCCAGCUCCGUAUAAAAGGCGCCCAUCCCUCCCCCGGCCUCUGGCCACCGUGAGGCGAGCGGCUGCGUGUUUUUUGUCAAGUGGGGAAGGGUUAAACGAGGGCUGUGGUUUGGGGGAGAUUUGGAUCGUGGGCACUCAGCAGUUCCCCCGUCCUGGGGUCCAAAGGGGUUUCUUGUUGGGCUAUGGGACUGUGGGCAUCUUUGUCCCCAGCCCCGGGACAUCUCCCCCAUCCUGUGGUUUCUUACCCCCCCAUUUCCUCUGGUUUCACACAUCUGGCACAGCUCAGCACCGCCAGCAGUGGCCAAAAUGAUUUAUGGGGUCUGCAGAGUCUGGGGCAGUACCCUAGGGCAGGGGCAACGUGCGUGGGACUUGCUGCUGUUUUCCAUAAUAAAUCCAGGUGGGAACUGAAUGUUCCUGGGUCGGGGCCCGAGGCGACCUCAGCACCGUGUUUCUCUGCUGCUCUGUCCUUGGGACUUAAUCUCAAACCCGUUAUCACAACCCCGAUCAGGCACUGGAAGCCAGCAAUGCUGAUUAUGGCAUUUUUGAUACCUCCUCCGGCUAUUUUUUUUCCCCUGGCCAGCUCGGGGUGGUUCGAGCUGAUCGCGUCCCCCGUGGCGCUGGAGGGUGCCGGGUGGCUCGCCCUGCUUUGGCCGGGUAUAAAUCCCCCAAGCCCGACCCUGGCACUGCAAGUGGGAUCUCGGCAGCCGAAAAUGUCCGAGCUGCCCUGCCCGGAGCCCCCUGCCCGCUGCAGCGGCCGCUUCACCAUCAGCACCCUGCUGGGCGCGGAGGAGGCCGGCCGGGCUCCCUGCGAGGCCGCGGGCUGCGAGGGCACGCAGCUCUCGGGCAGCACCCUCUGCACCAGGACCUUCGGCUACAACACGGUGGACGUGGUGCCCGCCUAUGAGCACUACGCCAACAGCAAGGGUGUAGGCGAGGCCAGGAGGGGGAGGCCCUCGCUGGCCGACCUCCGCUCCGUCCUUGAGCCCGACCCGGGCCACCUCUGCGUGCCGGUUCCCCAGCCCCAGCCCAGCGACGGCCUCCCCGACGCCAAGGAGGGGCCGGGCAGGGCCCCCGCACCAGAGCCCGUCCGCUUCGGAUGGGUGAAGGGCGUGAUGAUCCGCUGCAUGCUCAACAUCUGGGGAGUGAUUCUCUACCUGCGCCUGCCCUGGAUCACGGCCCAGGCAGGAAUAGCCCUGACGUGGCUCAUCAUCCUGAUGUCGGUGACGGUGACCACCAUCACCGGCCUGUCCAUCUCCGCCAUAUCCACCAACGGCAAAGUGAAGUCAGGGGGCACCUACUUCCUCAUCUCAAGAAGCCUCGGGCCGGAGCUGGGCGGCUCCAUCGGGCUCAUUUUUGCCUUCGCCAACGCGGUGGCCGUGGCCAUGCACACGGUGGGCUUUGCAGAAACUGUCCGGGACCUCCUGCAGGAGCACGACUGCCUCAUGGUGGACCCCACCAACGACAUCCGCAUCAUCGGGGUGGUGACCGUCACCGUGCUGCUGGGCAUCUCGCUGGCCGGCAUGGAGUGGGAGGCAAAGGCCCAGGUCCUGUUCUUCCUGGUCAUCCUGGUCUCCUUCGCCAACUACCUGGUGGGGACGGUGAUCCCGGCCACUGCGGAGAAGCAAGCCAAGGGCUUCUUUGGCUACAGAGCCGACAUCUUUGCCCAGAACUUGGUGCCCAGCUGGCGGGGACCCGAGGGCUCCUUCUUCAGCUUGUUUUCCAUUUUCUUUCCAUCGGCAACUGGCAUCUUGGCUGGGGCCAACAUUUCGGGUGAUCUCAAGGAUCCUGCUCUGGCCAUCCCCAAGGGCACCUUGAUGGCCAUCUUCUGGACCACGAUGUCCUACCUGGUGCUGUCUGCUACGAUAGGUGCCUGUGUGGUGCGGGACGCCUCGGGCAGCCUGAACGACAGCGUGCCGCUGGGCUCACCGGGCUGCGAGGGGCUGGCCUGCGGCUUCGGCUGGAACUUCACCGACUGUGCCCAGCGGCAGAGCUGCCCCUAUGGGCUCAGCAACCACUACCAGAGCAUGAGCAUGGUGUCAGGAUUCGGUCCCCUCAUCACAGCAGGGAUCUUCAGUGCAACCCUGUCCUCUGCGUUGGCCUGCCUCGUCUCAGCCCCCAAGGUCUUCCAGUGCCUCUGCAAGGACCAGCUCUACCCUCUCAUAGGCUUCUUCGGGAAGGGCUAUGGGAAGAACAACGAGCCCAUCCGCGGCUACGUGCUCACCUACAUAAUCGCCGUCGGCUUCAUCCUCAUCGCCGAGCUCAACGCCAUCGCCCCCAUCAUCUCCAACUUCUUCCUCUGCUCCUACGCCCUCAUCAACUUCAGCUGCUUCCACGCCUCCGUCACCAACUCCCCAGGCUGGCGACCCUCCUUUCGGUAUUACAGCAAGUGGGCCGCGCUCCUCGGCGCCGCCGUCUCGGUGGUCAUCAUGUUCCUGCUGACCUGGUGGGCGGCCCUCAUCGCCCUCGGCAUCGUUGUCUUCCUCCUGGGCUACGUCCUCUACAAGAAGCCAGACGUGAACUGGGGCUCCUCCAUGCAAGCCAGCUCCUACAACAUGGCCCUGAGCUACUCGGUGGGGCUCAGCGAGGUGGACGAGCACAUCAAGAACUACAGGCCUCAGUGCCUGGUCCUGACCGGGCCCCCCAACUUUCGCCCGGCGCUGGUGGAUUUCGUGGGCACCUUCACCAAGAACCUCAGCCUGAUGAUCUGCGGCAACGUGCUGAUCGGCCCGCGCAAGCAGAAGAUGCCCGAGUCCAGGCUGACGUCGGACGGCCACACCAGGUGGCUCCUCAAGAGGAAGAUCAAGGCUUUCUACACCGACGUGCUGGCGGAGGACCUGCGAAGCGGCGUCCAGAUGCUCAUGCAGGCUGCCGGCCUGGGGAAGAUGAGGCCCAACAUCCUGGCGCUGGGCUACAAGAGGGACUGGCAGGCGGCCGCACCGCAGAGCAUGGAGGAUUACGUGGGCAUCCUGCACGACGCCUUCGAUUUCAAGUACGGCGUGUGCCUGCUGAGGAUGAAGGAGGGGCUGAACGUUUCCCGAGUGGUGCAAGCUCACACAGACCCCGGGGAGCUGGCGGCCGAGCAGCAGGCGAGCACCGUCUUCCAGAGCCAGCAGGGCAAGAAAACCAUCGACAUUUACUGGCUCUUUGACGAUGGAGGGCUGACGCUGCUCAUCCCCUACCUCCUCGGCCGCAAGAAGCGGUGGGGAAAAUGCAAGAUCCGGGUGUUUGUCGGUGGGCAGAUCAACAGGAUGGAUGAGGAGAGGAAGGCGAUCGUGUCGCUGCUGAGCAAAUUCCGCCUGGGCUUCCAUGAGGUCCACGUCCUCCCCGACAUCAACCAGAAGCCCCGGCCAGAGCACAUCAAGAGGUUCGACGACCUGGUCGCGCCCUUCAGGCUGAACGACGGUUUCAAGGACGAGGCCGCGGUGAGUGAGAUGAGGCACGGCUGUCCCUGGAAGAUUUCCGACGAGGAGCUCCACAAGCACAGAGCCAAGUCGCUCCGACAAGUGAGGCUGAACGAGAUCUUGCUGGAACACUCGCAGGACGCGGCGCUCGUCGCCAUCACGCUGCCCGUGGGCAGGAGGGGUCGCUGCCCCUGUUCCCUCUACAUGGCCUGGCUUGAGAGCCUCUCGCGGGACCUGAGGCCCCCCGUCAUUCUGACCCGGGGAAACCAGGAAAAUGUCCUGACCUUCUACUGCCAGUGAAGGCCCCAGCGCCUCGCCGCGGGAACGUUUCAGGCCAGUUGUGAGCUGGGCGACUCAGGGGGGGUUUGGGGGAGCAAUGAGCACGCACGGCUGGCAGCA